UGCUCCACAGAAAGAGUACAAACACGCGCGGUGACCAAGAAGGAUACAAAAAGGAGAGAAGACAGAGAGGCAAACCCUCGUGCUCCGUGAGAAGAGAGUCUCAAAGCGUUUGCUCCGAGAACGUCGCCGGUAUUGGAUUUUUUCAUUUCCUCAUCACAUCAUCAACGGCGCGCUUCGGGCAGACUCGGCGCUACAACCAUGGUUUCAGGAGGGAAGUUCGCAAGGCUAGCAGGGCGAUUGCUGGGGCUAGGUACUACAACCCUCGUGGUCGCGGUCGGGGCAUCGUCUCCGUCUUGGAACCAGCGGGCGUCAAGCACCACCGCUACUGCAUUCCUGCAGAGUAGCCUGACUAUUGCUGUGAGGCCACGGAGGUCGCUGCCCUCUACCGCCGCCUCCGAGAGCUGGGUUAGACCAGUGGUUGGGGGUUUGGCACGACGUCCAGUUGGCAGCUCGGUGGAUACCAACAACAGAAUCAAGCCCCUCGCGAUGGCUGUAUCGGUGCUGUUGCACGACGAACCGAUCUCUUUCGGAGGAAGGCGGCCGUUCACGAGCCACGCGGCACGGUGGUUCAUAAAGCGUCGCAUCCUGUCCACGGCGAAGGCCAGCGCGGCCCUGAACGUCGAAGUGGAGGCGAGGAACAACCGAGACGCGAUGAGGGGCCGGUGGGAGAGCAUUAGCAUCGACUUUGCGAAAACGAUCUUCGAAGACAUCCAGGUGAGCGGAGGCGCGUUCGAGCUCCUCGGCGUCGACGUCCUCACGCUCGGGCUGCUGCCGGGCCCGUGGCGGCGCCUCCGUCGCCUCCGCCGGCCUUGCGAGGCCAUCGGCCGGUCGACCUUCACCGACGUGGACGUGGCCUACUCCCCCGCGAUCCGCCGCCUCGCCCAGCGGGUCGUCAAUCACGCGCUCCAACCGCGCGCGAAGAGAGCGGGCGUCGUCGCCGGUGCCGCUGCCGGAGGCGGAGGAGCGGCGGCGGCAGGCUCGCUACCGGCCGCGACGACUGGUGGCGCCGUCUCCGACGGCGGCGAGCCGGCCGCGGGGUCCGCGCAGCAGCAGGGCCGGCUGGAGCCGUCGGUGAGCGUCUUGGGGGUGCGGGUCCACGGAAACAAGCUCGCCAUCGAGGGGGAGAUGACCAACGGGGGGACAUUCUUGCGGGUACCCUUCCGGUACCAUUUUUCUCUUAGCGCUUCCCAGGACGGGCACGUGCUGUACUUCAAGGGCUCCAGCGUGUACUGGGGCACGCCGGGGGGACACGUGCCCCUGCCCAUGAUGCCGCUGCAAUCGUUCAAGAUCGACUUGGGUGACAGGGCGAGAAUCGAGCACCUGAGGAUCUCUCGUGGCGUGCUCUCCGUGGGGGGAAGGUUCAUCCUCACGAACACCCCUGGUUUCACGGUAGCCCUCCCGGGCUUGAAGAGGGGCGACAUCAACUACGACCUGGCUGAGGGCUUGAGUCGGCUCGUCAGCAACUGCUUGAAUUUGCGGAGGGAGUGAUGCGGUGGCUGUGGUGUCGUCACAUGGUGACCGCUUGAACCUUCUUGUCCUUGUGAUCGCCGAACGAAGCGCUCACCUCAGGGCGUGUGAGAGUAGAUAACCGAGGAAAGAGACUUAUGGCGGUAUUUGGGUCGUACCUCCCGAGUUGGUCGGCUGACGUGGGUUGACCGGUGCGAGUGGUAUGGGGCGGGAAGCAUGAGGGUGCACAAAAAGAGUCAUACCAGUGUGUCUGUUUGCUGGUGAUGUUUUCUUGUGAGUGUGGUCGUUGUUGUCCUUGCAGCGCUGUAAAGUCGGGUGCCUUCGGCAGCUGAAAUGCUUUGUGCGUUAUUGAAGAAAAAAAAUGUUGUUCCAAAGUUCACGGGAAGGGAGGGAGUACAUUCUGCAUCACAUUCUUUAUCGAGGAGGUCGUGCUCCGCAUAUCGGAGGGGGGCACAAGAACGAACGCAUCGGAAGGGCAUCGGCAGACAUCCCCGUUUGAAGGCGGCCGUGUUUGGAGCGGAGUUGGAGUUCGGGAGGGAGGGGGCGGAGGGCGCACGAUUUUCGACGCCUCUCCUGGGCGAAUCUAUUUCCCACUAGAGCUUUCAGCUGUAGUUGUAUGCGGCGCUGGGCAUUCAGGAUGUAAUGGUGGAAAGGCUCCGUGCACGACGACCAUGAACGAACGUUGCUGGUGUGGUAAUCACCGUAUCCUAAAUUGGUUGUUAUUCCGUGAUGGCGGAACGGCAGAAGGAGUGUAUUGGACGCAUGAGUUGUCGCCGACAAUAUUACGCAGUUCUUUAGUUGGUUAAAUUUCUUUAGUUGUAUGUUCUGGCCCGAAAUCGUACACAAGGAACAGAGCCUGCUAGAUGGCCUGUGACUUGCAGUGGCCGUGGACGUACAUUACAGCGAUGGUGGGGGAGGGGGAGGGGCAGGGCGUAACGCACGCCGUGAGAGACUCCCCGCUUAUUUUCUUCCUCCUCCUCUUGAUGUUGUUGUUUGCUGAGUUCUUAUCGGCGCGGUGUUUGUGUGUGUACGAUAUGCAUAUAAUUGCCUGGUUGUGUUUGUGAGGUGCACGUGCACCACGUCAGCGGUCAAGCCUGAGAACCGCUUGUAUUUGACCGUCGUAGGCGUGUUGCCGUGCAUGGUUUUUGGUCUAUUGUUUUUCUGCUUUUGUUGUUUUUGUUGAAAUUUUUCGGACUGCAUGUUACCAAGUUAUUCGCUUUGUGAGUUAAGGACGCUUGUUGUUUUAAUUUUGUCGCGGGUUGGGUUUGGACCCGUGAGUUGAUUGUUUGUUUCUGUCGUGCUCUUGGUGCCAUUUGUUUUUGCCGUGAACGUGGUGAAGCAGUAGCGCCGUUUGAAGCGGACUGCUGGUGUGGUAGUUGAGACUUUGCAUUUUGACUUGAAACAGGAAAGGGCGACAAAACAUUUCUGAGGUUUACCGCCGUGAUAUCUUGUACCGUUACACACGCAGUUGUAGUCUAGAAAGUUGCUGCACCGCCGUAAGGGGACUAGAAAAAAGCUGAUAUUGUACUGGGCUACAAAACAAAAAAACAACACAAAAAAUAUAA